CCUGCCGGUCCUCCUCCUCCUCCCGCUUCCUAUCUCUCUUCCCGGCGCUCUCCGUCCGUCCUGUGACCCUGUCUGCGUUCUCCGGCCCUCGUUACUCGCCUUUUUUCGUUUUCUCUCUCGCUCUCUCCCUUCCCGCUCCUCCUCCGCUGAUUCAGCCGUGCCGAGAGUCACGCCCCGAGGACAAACAGACUGAGGGCCAGAGGUAAGGACUGUUCCAGCUGACCUGGAACUGCAGUGUAGCCUGAUCUUUAUGGAGGCCAAAAGCAAGAUUGGCCCCGGGGCCCCCAAGAAACAGACAGAGAGAACAGGGAAGAAGGAAGCAGCCACACCCCGCAAGGCCAAUGCUGCCCCCGUGGCCCCGCCCAGGAAGAACAACCCCAGCCGUGCUACCCCACCCCCGCAGGAAGCCCCGCCCCCAGAGGAAGCCCCACCCCCAGCUGCCCCUGCUGCAGAACAGCCUGUUGAGGAUGGCGCACUGGAGCAGAACGAGACAGCCAACCACCAGCCACCAGCAGAGGGUGCCGAAGCCACAGAGCCCAAAAAGCACUGCCUGGACUGCCUGAAGCCACUCCUCAUUGGAGGGGCUGUCGUGGCUGCUGCCGCCAUAUUGGUGGGGGCCUUUAUGGUAGCACGAAGGAAUUGAGAGGUGCAUGAGCAUUUUCUUAAUGGGGGGCAAUAACUUGAAAAAUGCAGUCAUAUCCGCUGAAGUCGUUGGGUAAUUGAAUUUGGGCUGCUAUGGUAUGGUUUGGCCCGUAAAUUACAUAAAUGCCCCAUAUAAAGCUUUUAUAUAUAAAUAUAUAAAUGCUUCUACAUUAUGUUUAAAUUUUAUCCAGUCUGGUUUGCCAGAAAUGCACACUCUUGGCCACCAAGGUCACUUAUGAUCCAACACAUAGAUGCAAACUCCAAAAUGUCCAUCAGUACUACAUCAAUUCUUCAAAAUAACCUAAAGUUUGUAGCGAUAGUAGCAAUAAUAGUUUUGUGCACAGUCCAAAUUUAGUUGUUUGUUUCAUGUUUGAAGUUCAAGUUUAGUUUGCAAGAACUAAAGCAAAAUGUUCUUAUACUUUUUUGUGGUCAUUUUAUAAAUGUUAGGCUUUAUGCUAUUAAAUGCAACGCAACCAACAACAUCACUGAUUUCUAAACAAGUCAAAACCAUUUUGUUUUACAGUGCCCCACUUAGCUCUUUCAUGACUACUAAUGAGGUUUGGAUGUUUUGGUUGUUUCCUGGUAUUUCAUCAUAAAUUAUGCGCUGGCUGUAUGUACAUGCAAACGAUAGUAUAUGAGGAAAAGUAUACAACAAAAUUAGCAUAUUUUACAGUUUGCCUUGGUUACAUUUAGUUUGUGGGCUUUGUGGCCCCACAAAAUUUUCUGUGCUGAAGUAAUGAAGAUAUUCAAUUGAAACUACAUUUUCCAGGGCCCCUUUUGUAGAUGUUUGUGUUCCAGGAUAUGCAGUGUAUGUACAGUAUAGAGAUUAACAAGACCAGGUUAAAACCUAGUAUAUGGCUGGACCGACCCGGCUGACGUCACAGACAUGCGCGGUGUAACUUUAUCACUUACUUAGUCAGUCAGUCAGUCACAGACAUUCGCAUUUGUAGGGCUGGCCCCGCUGUUGCGGUCCAGCCAAAAAUUCGGAAUAUUUUUCAUAGAGUGAGUCCAUUUUACAGAGCUCUUAUCAUGCCAUGAAUCAAUAUUCGGGUUCCCCAAAACCAGGGGUGGGCAAGGAGGGCUGUGUCUGUUUCUGGAUUUCAUGACUAACUUCUGUUCAUACUUAUUUAAGCAGCCCAGUCAUUCAUGUAGGGCUGACAUUUUAACUGGAUGCAUAGGCAAGCUCAUGAAUGACAGCUGAAGACUGUUCAUAUGUUCCCAUAUGAAAUGAUGUGCUGUGGUUUCAUCAGUGAGUUAAUUAACUAAUUAACUAAUUGAUCCAGUGUAAUUAGUGGAAGACACGCCAACCCUUACAGAGUUUCCUCUCUUAAUGCUGUAUAAAUCUUCUCUUGGUAUGACCAUUCCAAAAAAUGGGUCACAUUCAUAGGAACUUAAUUAAUGCAAAAUUUUAGCUGCAUAAUAGUAAAUUCAAAACCUAUGUCAUGCCUGAUCCUAGGAGAUUUUCAAAGUCGAAUCCAGGUACAUCCAUGACUCAGUUAUACCAUAAAAGCUUUUAAAUGUAUGAAUUUGAAUGUCACCAAUGUCACUGAAACCUUGCGAAUAUUUUAAAAUUAAAUUUUAAAAAAUUGUGCGAUGGUGAGAGCACACUAAUGGAGAUUUUAAAAUAUAUGUAAAUGUCAAAAUAUACAGCAAUAUUGCAAAGAAUAACAUUACUCACCUGUUCCAAUAUGCAGUUAAAAAAAAUGUAUUGCAGAAUGUAUCAAAAUAAAUACGAUUUUAAGGUCAUUUUUCAAAGGUUCUGAAAUCUAUGCAUAUAUUUACAGAAUGAAAAUGACAGUAAAGCAAAGACAAUGUAUUUUCUGUUACAUUUGGAUGUUUUAAUUUAUUUUGGACUGUAUAUCCCUGCACAUACUUCCUUUUCAUCAGAAAUAUUGUUACUGAAACCAAUUUUUUUUGGCUCAAGCACUUUAUGAAACUAUUUAUGUAAAAAAAGUUAAAUGGUAAUACAUGAGAUAUGCGUUUAUUGGUCAAGCAGGAAAACCCAGGCAAAUCAUUACAGAUUUCCAAAUUAAUCUAGGUCAAAUAUUUAAAUGAAAAAAGUAUCUUUUCCAAAUGCAUGAUGAUGUCUUAAAUGUCUACAUACUGUAAUUAUUUGUAUAUAAACAAAGAUAAGCUGUAUAUGUUUGUUUGAAGCUGUAUAGGCACACACAGACAUUGGCAAUAUGUACCUACCUGACUGAAAAAACGAAUGCAAUUAAACGGAUUUGUUGUAAUAUU